GUCAAGGUCACAUAUUAGUUGCCAUUUUUUCGCUGCAAUGGCUUCGACAGCAGUAAGACGUGUUGGGAAAUCUGUCGUAGAUUGGGCAGCUUUUAAAGAACGUGUACCGCAAAAUCAAAUUGAUCCUUUUAGAGUUUUGAAACAAAGAUCAGAUAUCUAUGUGAAUAGAGUGAAUAAAUAUCCUGAGAGUUUACCCAAGAUAGACUUUACUUUCUACAGAAAUGCCUUAGGUGCAUUACCAAUGAUAGAUCAGUUUGAAAAAUCUUAUUCAUCAAUUGAGGUACCCUAUCCUAAAGAUAAAGAUAAUGUAAUCAAGGCCUUGGAAGAACAGGAAAAACUAUCAGCUGAAAAAAGAGAACAAUUUAAGAAGGAAAUGGUGGAGAAGACAAAGAUUUCUCAAUAUGUUUUGGACAAUAUUCAUUUAGUUCCACCACCAGAAGAAAUGAAUAUUGAGAUGUACUAUUAUUUCUUUCCUGAAAGGGCUAUUGACCCUGAAAAUAGACCAACAGUUUUCCCUCACACCAAAUCUGCACAACCGGAUGGAAAUGAGGGAAAUGUUAUUCAUAAUUCAGAAUUACAUGCUUUAUCUUCUUUUGAAAAGACCUCUAGUUAAAAUGCUUGAAUUCUAGAAAUAAUAUUUAAAUAGAAUAUAUAAGAAAUGUAAGGAUGCCAAUAAAUUGUUAUAAUUGUCGAA